AUGCCGGGUAUCACGGUGAAAGACGUUAACCAGCAGGAGUUCGUCCGGGCCCUGUCUGCCUUCCUGAAGAAGUCAGGAAAGCUGAAGGUGCCCGACUGGGUGGACCUCGUCAAGCUGGGCAAGCACAAGGAGCUGGCCCCAAGUGAUGAGAACUGGUUCUACAUCAGAGCCGCAUCCACAGUCCGCCAUCUGUACCUCCGUGGAGGAGCUGGUGUUGGUGCCAUGACCAAGAUCUAUGGAAGUCGCCAGAGGAAUGGUGUGCGCCCUGCCCAUUACAGUGUCGGAUCCAAGAACGUGGCUCGUAAAGUGCUGCAAGCCCUGGAGCUGCUCAAGAUGGUUGAGAAGGAUCCCAAUGGUGGUCGCAGACUUACCUCCCAGGGAACCAGGGACCUUGAUAGAAUUGCUGGCCAGGUCUCAGCCGCAAACAAGAAAGCUGUUCUUCAAUAAAUCUUUUUUCGAGAAAGUCAAA